AUACCUGUCAUCAUGUGGGAUCCUGAUGACUCGUGUACCUCCCCUGCUGAGCGCAGCCACGUCAGGGCGUGGCAUUGCGUUGCCUGCUCGCAGCUUCUUCAACCUUGCAGAUUCCCUCUCCAAGAGGAAGGAGUACUCAGAGAGACGCAUCAUUGGGUAUUCGAUGCAGGAGAUAUAUGAGGUUGUGGCCGGAGUGGAAAACUACCGGCUCUUUGUUCCCUGGUGUAAGAAAUCUGAUGUGGUGUUCAAGCGAGCCGGAUUCUGCAAGGCCAAACUUACCGUGGGCUUCCCACCUGUGGUGGAGAACUACACCUCUCUUAUAACUACAGUACGCCCCCACCUGGUCAAGGCAUCCUGUUCGGAGGCAAAACUAUUCAACCACUUGGAGACGGUUUGGCGUUUCAGCCCUGGCCUCCCGGGUUAUCCUCGCACCUGCACCGUAGAUUUCUCUAUCUCCUUCGAGUUUCGCUCCCUCCUCCACUCCCAGCUAGCGAACGUCUUCUUCGACGAGGUGGUGAAGCAGAUGGUUUCUGCAUUUGAGCGGCGCGCCUCCAAGAUGUACGGCGAAGAGACGGCGAUCCCUCGGGAGCUCAUGUUCCACGAGAUUCACCACACGUAGCGCGCACCCCCCCCCCCCCCCCCCCCGCUGCACAAACACAGAUACACAGACAAACACAAUGCCCGAUGCCAAUGCCAGAGAGAAAAAUGAGAGCGGAGUGUAGAGACAAAGUGGAGACUUCCUGUGUUCUAACUGAAAACUGCAGUGCCUUUCUCACAGCAGUGACCAAGUUUUAUUCCCAGCUAUUUCCUAACUCAUCUUUUAUAACUGAUGCGGAUCCACCACCUCAUUUUCACCUUGGUGCUGAACACAUGUGGACUUGUUUUCAUUUCAGUUUUACACACGUCAUCUCCAUUAUCAGAACUGAACAAUCUGUGCCUGGUUAUGAAACUGAGUUCACAGGUUACCAGUGUGUUUCCAUGGAGGUGAAAACAUGACCUAGCAGUCAGGAUUGCUCAGGCGAGUAUGUCAUCACAUCUGUAAACAUUAGCACCACUCAGUAGUUAUCUACACUGCUCUAACCAGUAUUUUUGCUGCUACUGGUAGCAACCUGUUAAUUGAAAAAGUUGCUGGAGGAAGAUGCCGUGCUAAUAAUAAUGUCUUCCUCUUUCCAUCGAGGACCAGUGGAACAGGAAAAAAAAUCGGUAUCACAAUAUAUUGUGAUGCACUAUCCAUCAGCUAUACCUGCUUAUCCUUUCAAAGGGUCGCGGGGGGGCUGAGCCCAGCUGACAUUGGGCGAGAGGCUAACCCUGGACAGGUGGCCAGACAAAUAUUGUGACACGCUCUUUUGCAAUAGGACAGUGAUGCCACGUCCUGAAUGCAGAGGUGUUUCCUUCCUAUUCUGUUCUCUGGUAUUUCAGCCAUUUUCUUUUUCAUGGUGAUGUGUUUAUAAUGCCACUGUCUGUGUUUAAACAGGGUCACGCUGGACUCUGGGACACUUCAAAUACAGAAUAUUUUUGAUUCCUGCUUUGUUAAAGUAGUCUUUAAGCUUAUACUCUAGUUUUCUUUUCAGAGACUCAGAUUUAGGAUGUAUAGUAGAUGAUUGUGUAUCACCUAUGUUGGGAUACAAAAAAACCCCAAUGCAAAUGAGACUAUUUGAAGUUGUCGGCGAGAAGGGAGUAUUUUAAAUCUGUGCAGAUUUAUUGUUAGGAAAACAAUUGUGAUUUCAGCAGUGAAGCUAUCUGGUCAGUGGGGACAAUGAGCUGUGCAGAGACUUUGUGUGUCAGCCAGGUAAUUUGCUUGUUCCAGGUGUACAGGUCCAACCGCAAUCUCAAGGAUCCUUUACCUUUACCACCAGGCGCAGGGCGACGUGCUUCCUCUGACCUGCAUCGGAUGCAAGUCGGUAGCUCAGUGGGAAAGGAUUACACUGUAUUCAGGGAGCGCUUGAAGUGAUAAACAAUACUUGUACUUGAUUUGGAGUCGGGUGUGUUUACAUCAAUACGCUCCUUUCUCAGCAAUGUGAAAGAUGUGCUGAGUGUCGGGAAGAGUUAUGAGUUGAAACACUCUCAUUUUAAUCUGAUUAACUAGUCUAAAACCUGGAGAUAUUUAAUUUACUGUCUGACAAAGGAAAACGGCACAUUUGACAAGCUUGAACCAGAGAAUGUUUGGCCAUUUUGCUUGAAAAAUGACUGAAAGCGAUUAUUAAAAUAGUUGCAGCUGUAGGAGAGUUGGGAAAUGGAUCCAUAGCUGAACAGAACUGUGAGACCACAUCGCCCACAGUUAUGUCAAGAGAGACCACAGCCAUUUUAUUUCUAACCCUGGGUCAUUCAAACCCUGGUUAUAGCAGUGCAGCAUGCUAAUGAGAAUAGCUUGUUUAUAAUGACACAUUUCUGAACCGUUGUGGUUCUUGGAAGCACAUUGGGAAUCAAGUUUACUGAUCAUGCUCGUCCCAAAGGGAGGCAGAGGUAAUUAUUUUUGUUAGCUACAGAUGAUGUGAUGAUAUAAGCGGCAAUACCGACUAAGACCAGGGUCCAGAUAGUAUUAGUUAACACCGUGAUGCCUUUCUGUGAUAUGUGAACUCGUGCUAUGAAACUCCACGAGUCAAAGCAAAAGGAACGCAAUGCAAGGUGACUAACACACAGUAACUCUGCCCUUUAAUAUUAGAAAGUAUGCUGUGGUGAGACCUCCACCGUCUCACCACAUACUGUACAUUAUAAGAAUAUAUGUAAGAAUAAAGGGCAGAGGCAGCUUAGGUUGUGAGUCACAGAGGAUGUGUACAAAUGACUGCAGAUAGAUGUACUAAAUGUACUGUAAGCUAUCAGGAAUGCUCACCUGUUUUUAAAGGUGCAGAGCUUUUUAUUUUGUUUUCUUUCUCCGUAGGGAACGCUGUCUUUUUCUUAAAGUCACAUAAAUUAAGCUCUCAUCCUUAUUAAGGGAGCAAUGCUGUGCGACGAGACUUGCUAAAUUGUAAGUGUGCAAUAUCAGCUGUUUUUAAAUACAGCUAUGAAUACCCACUGUCAAUAUAAGGGCCCAAACGGGGCAGGUCACACACCGUGACCUGUCCUGUCAGUCAGGAUGCUGUUUCAGUGAGGUAUCUGCUGCCCUGAAAACCUUCACGAUUCCAACUGUCCACCUACACCGCUCACAGAGUGCCUCCUGGCCUACUAGCAGAAUAUUUAUCUUUUAUUUUGUAAUUAUUAUUAUACUCAUUUUAUCAUAUUUAUUACUUAGUUUAAGUGUAAAUACUGGUUUUAAAGAUCCUGUAAUACACUGCUUUUAAAGACGAUGACUAAAGGGUUUGUGUGUUUUGUGAGAUGAGGAAAGUGUAAAUGAUGUUUGUGUUGAAUGACUUCAGAAAUGUAUGUACCAACUGCAUGAUUUAUAAACUUAUUUUUUCAACAAACAAAAGAAA